AAACAAACGAAGGAUUUGCUGAGGAUUUGGAAAACACGAAGAAAUUAACGGGAUAUAAAAUAUCUAUUAAUUGUCCAGCGACUCACUCACACAUAAAUAGCGGGCAUUCCUUCGCAGUGUAUGUUAAUGUAACCACAUUCCAGCGGUACACUGGGACUGCAGGCGGUCAGAGAAGCGCGGAAAUAAGACGGACACACCGAUCCACAGACAGCAGAAAGAGACACGACCCGGGAUCACGGAGCUACGGAGUUUUACACAAAAUGCGUCUCUGUCUGCUUGCCAUUUUCUUCUCGUGCUCCUUUGCGCGUGGCGGGUGUGAGCCGAAGAUGGUCAACAUCGGCGCCGUCCUGAGUCAGAAGAGGUAUGAACAGGUGUUCAAGGACGCGGUCGCCCAAGCCAACAACAUAUACGGAAAAGAUAAGUUCAAGCUGAACGCCAUCUCUGUCACCCACAAACCCAACGCUAUUCAGAUGGCUCUUUCCGUCUGCGAAGACCUCAUCUCAAGCCAGGUGUACGCAAUCCUGGUGAGUCACCCACCACAGUCUGUUGACCACCUCACCCCCACACCUGUGUCCUACACCGCUGGAUUCUACCGCAUCCCAGUAGUGGGGCUGACUACGCGCAUGUCCAUCUACUCAGACAAGAGCAUCCACCUGUCCUUCCUGCGCACGGUCCCGCCGUACUCCCACCAGGCCCAGGUGUGGUUCGACAUGAUGCGCGAGUUCCGCUGGAACCACAUCAUCCUCAUCGUGAGCGAUGACCACGAGGGCCGGGCCGCCCAGAAGAGGCUGGAGACGCUGCUGGAAGAGAGGGAGACCAAGAAUAAAAACAGGAACUAUGAAAACCUCGACCAACUGUCCUAUGACAACAAGCGAGGACCCAAGGCAGAGAAAGUCCUCACGUUCAGCCAAGACACCAACCUCACGGCACUGCUCCAAGAGGCCAAAGAGUUGGAGGCCCGGGUCAUCAUCCUCUCAGCUAGCGAGGACGAAGCGGCAGCGGUCUACAAGGCGGCACGGCAACUCAACAUGACGGGCUCAGGUUACGUGUGGAUGGUUGGAGAGAGAGAAAUGUCCGGUAAAGCCCUGAGCGAGGCUCCAGACGGUUUGAUCGGCCUUCAGCUGAUCAAUGGAAAAAACGAGUCGGCGCACAUCAACGAUGCGGUGGCGGUGGUGGCGCAGUCCAUCCAAGAGCUCUUCGAGAAGGAGAACAUCACGGAGCCGCCCCGCGGAUGCGUAGGAAACACAAACAUCUGGAGGACCGGGCCGCUCUUCAAAAGAGUGUUGAUGUCAUCCAAGUACCCAGAUGGCCUAACAGGACGUGUGGAGUUCAAUGACGAUGGAGACAGGAAGUUUGCCCAUUACAGCAUUCUGAAUUACCAGAAGACCAGGCUGGUUCAAGUGGGAGUCUACAAUGGCACACAAGUGGUGCUAAACAGCCAGCGGAAGAUCAUCUGGCCUGGUGGAGAGACAGAGAAACCAAGAGGAUAUCAGAUGUCCACCAGACUGAAGAUAGUGACCAUUCAUCAGGAGCCGUUUGUGUAUGUGAAGCCUACCAUGCUGGAUGGCACGUGCAAAGAAGAGUACACAGUCAAUGGAGUCUUAAUUAAGAAGGUUAUCUGCACUGGGCCCAACGAAACCAUCCCUGGUCGUCCCGUGGUACCCCAGUGUUGUUUUGGGUUCUGUAUUGACCUCUUGAUCAAACUGGCCAUGACCAUGAACUUCACGUACGAGGUUCACCUGGUGGCCGAUGGGAAAUUUGGGACGCAGGAGCGGGUAAAUAACAGCAACAAGAAAGAGUGGAACGGCAUGAUGGGAGAGCUGCUGGGCGGGCUGGCGGACAUGAUCGUCGCUCCGCUCACCAUAAACAACGAGCGAGCCCAGUAUAUAGAGUUCUCCAAACCGUUUAAAUACCAGGGCCUGACAAUUCUCGUCAAAAAGGAAAUACCGCGAAGCACGCUGGACUCGUUCAUGCAACCGUUUCAGAGCACGCUGUGGCUGCUGGUGGGUCUGUCGGUACACGUGGUGGCGGUGAUGCUCUACCUAUUAGACCGGUUCAGCCCGUUCGGAAGGUUCAAAGUGAACAGCGAAGAAGAAGAAGAAGACGCCCUCACCCUGUCUUCUGCCAUGUGGUUUUCAUGGGGAGUACUGCUGAACUCUGGGAUUGGAGAAGGUGCACCACGCAGCUUCUCAGCUAGGAUCCUGGGCAUGGUUUGGGCAGGGUUUGCCAUGAUCAUUGUGGCAUCCUACACUGCCAACCUCGCUGCCUUCCUGGUGCUGGACCGGCCUGAGGAGCGCAUCACUGGCAUCAAUGACCCUAGGCUGCGGAACCCAUCGGACAAGUUCAUCUACGCCACGGUGAAGCAGAGCUCUGUGGACAUCUACUUCCGGCGGCAGGUGGAGCUGAGCACCAUGUACCGCCACAUGGAGAAACACAACUACGAGAGCGCCGCUGAGGCCAUCCAGGCCGUGCGCGACAAUAAGCUGCACGCCUUCAUCUGGGACUCUGCGGUUCUGGAGUUCGAAGCCUCACAGAAGUGCGACCUGGUCACGACGGGGGAGCUGUUUUUCCGCUCCGGUUUUGGGAUCGGCAUGCGGAAGGACAGCCCCUGGAAGCAGAACGUUUCCCUGGCCAUUCUCAGUUCCCAUGAGAACGGCUUCAUGGAGGACCUGGACAAAACCUGGGUGAGAUACCAGGAGUGUGACUCCAGGAGCAACGCCCCAGCCACACUCACGUUCGAGAACAUGGCAGGUGUUUUCAUGCUGGUUGCCGGCGGAAUAGUUGCCGGCAUCUUCCUCAUCUUCAUCGAGAUCGCCUACAAGCGGCACAAGGACGCCCGCAGGAAGCAGAUGCAGCUGGCCUUCGCGGCUGUCAACGUCUGGAGGAAGAAUCUGCAGGACAGUAAGGAUGCACAGGGGAGUCAAGGUGUGGGCCAGCCCGGGACCCCCAGAUUACCCUCUUCCUCUGUAGAGAAUCAGGAUGAUAGGAAAAGUGGUAGAGCAGAACCCGACCCCAAAAAGAAAGCUUCUUUUAGGUCCAUCAGUGCCUCCCUGGCCUCCAGCAUCAAGAGACGUAGGUCCUCCAAAGACACGCCGUACCCCACUGACAUCACAGGCCAACUGAACUUAUCUGACCCUUCUGUCAGUACUGUUGUGUGAAGAGAGACAGAGAAAGUGUGUGUUUGGGGGGGGGGUCCUGAGGUUGGGACAGAGCCACUGAUCCAUUUGCUGCUGAUUCAUCUGAGCCACAGUCCAUUUGGAGUUGUAGUCGCGUGGACCUCCGGCAGGACCACAGCCGGACCUCACUGGACCAGAACAUCACUGAAAAUGCUGAGCCUUCACCCGUCCCAGACGAACCGGUACCGGAACACUGCUACACCCUCCUGCCGUCCUUCCCCACUGAAGGUCCAGACCAGCAAACCCUACGGCCUUUUCACUCACGCACGUCUUUAAAACUCUCCGCAGAUGUCAAAAACGUCAGACAGACCACGUGCACAUGUCCGCACAUCUGGCCAAGCGUGGCCAGGGACUUUUUGGUCCUCCUUCGCGUUUAUGGGGACCUGACGAAGUCAAUGAGCCGAAAAACAUAACAUGUUCAAUCAAAAAAUGGGGGACAGUUCACUGCUAUUUAUGAACAAAACAUACUAUUUAUUUGGGACCCUGUGUAUCAUUAAUGUGAACUAUAUUACUUGUUGUAUAUGUCCUACUACCUCCGCAUAUUUCAGCAUAUUUUAGAUAUGUAGCCUAUUUGAUACACUAUUAUGGUAAAGUAUUUUAAACAUGUGACAUGUGUUAAUUUGGACCGGUUUUGGUGAAAAAUAAUUAAGACUAUGAGUUUGUGCAAUAUAUGUCAUUUGUAUAAGAAACUAUGGUGGUAGUGGUAGCGUGCAGCACUGUAAGUGCUCCGUAGUGGCAAAUCGAAGUUUAGACGACUCUGCUACGUCCAUUUUUGGCUCUGCUGCUCCAUUGUGGCUCUGCUGCUGCUCCUGCAUUAUUUUAUCAAAGUUCACGUUUCCCAAGUCCGCCACAGCGCUUCGAAGUUCGUCCAGCUGCACAAACAUUCUCAGCUUGGGGCUUACGGAACAAACGGCUAACAGAUUUUAUUUGUUGGUGAGCGUUUGCAGCUGAACGCAAGCGACUGGAUUCUCCGAUAAAAUGCUGCUGUAGUCAGAGUAGAUCUGAAGUGUCUGUUCAAGCAUGCAUGUUCAUUUGUGUAUGUGUGUAUGUACAUAUAUGCAUACAUAUACGCACACACUUGUGCUUGAAAAAAUAAUUCAGAACCACCUUGGAAACAGCAGUAUUGGUUUAAAUUGUGUGUAUAUAUAUAAAUAUAUACAUAUGCACACCUGGCCAAGUAAUUUGCAUCUUUCUAAAUAUUUGCAUAUUUGCCAUGGAGACCAAAGUCAGUGUUCCAAGAGGAUGUGGAUAAUCACUCUAAAUACAUUAGAGAUGCCACUAGAUCUUAUAUUUCAGCCAGUGUUCACCUUACCGUUUACUGAACCACAAGCUAAAGGCCCGUCCUACAAUAGCUGCUAAACCGUAGUCUGUGCACAGAGGAAGUGGGCAUGUUUUACCCAUCCUCAUAUUUCAACAUUUACAACUUUACCUUUCUUAUGUAGCCAAUUAACCUUCAGUAUGGAAAUAAUAUGAAUCUGUGACUUCUAAUGGAAUCUGCCUAUAUAGCUUAUACACGUGUGCAGUGACUGUGAGUGUUAUCUCCUUUCUCACCUUCUUUCUUUUUCAAGAUAGCUUCAAAUUCUGAGGGGCAUCAAAUGGUCACUUUUUCUAUCCAACCAGCACUAGGUCUUUCACAUAAAACCCCAUUCAGGGGUGUUUCCUUAGUCAGAGCUACUACAUGAAAGUUCCCAGGUGAAUUCUACACUCAAAGCAGGCCAUUUUGCUGGCCGUGGAGUUCAGAAAUCUCAAUGCCAACAUAUACUGUCCGCUGUACUUGGACAGCACCAUGUAGAAAUAAAAACACUGUACGGCACUUUUGUCUUAAACAAUCAA